AUGCAAUUAAUGUUUCUGGACUCUGAAGCAGCUUUCGACUCUCCUCAUCGAGGCCCUCUUUUCAACGCUCUUCGCGCCGAUGGAGUGCCAGAAAAGUUGGUUAGCUUGUUUGAUGACAUGAAUCAACGAAGAACUGCUGCAUUUCGAACACCAGCCGGAUGUACAACACCGCUUGAGGUGAUAGCCGCGAGUCUACCAAUCAUGAUGUACGGAUCGGAGACUUGGGUAGCCCCAUCUACGAUGACUGAGAGGCUUGACUGCAUGGAAAAGAAGCUGAUUAAACGGCUGUUUGGCUACUUCUGGCCUAGGAGAAAGUCCACAAAAAGCAAGUCUAAAACAGAGUUUGCUAGAAUGAUAGCACAAGAAGCUCACACUAGUUUCCAUUGUGGAAUUGCUCAUACAAUGGCAAACAUCGGGGAAACACCAGCUGAAGUGGAAAUUGAUCCGAACAUGGUUUGGAUGCUACAAGAUGAAUAA